GCGCACAACUACAUCAGGUGACAGGGGCAUGACUCGAUAAACAGGAAACAAGCAGAUAAGUGAGCUGGGCUGCAAGAUCAGGGGUGCCUUUUAAAAAUUGAAGAAACACCUGAUGCUGCAAUGUCUUACCAAUCUGGAAUACCUCGGGAUGCAAAUCAGCUGGCACAGGCCAUAAGCUCUAACAUCCAAAAGAUAACCCAUCAAACAUCUGAAAUUCAGCGAAUUAUAAACCAGCUUGGAACUCCACAGGAUACCACAGAACUUAGACAGAAGCUGCAACAAAAACAGCAGAAUGUUAGCCAUCUUGCCAAAGAAACAGACCGGUAUAUGAAGGAGUUUGGUUCACUGCCUGUAACAUCUGAACAGCGCCAAAGAAAAAUCCAAAAAGAUCGCCUCCUUAAUGACUUCUCUAAUGCAUUGGCCGCCUUCCAAAAAAUUCAAAGGCAGGCUGCUCAAAAAGAAAAGGAAUUUGUUGCUAGAGUGCGUGCCAACUCAAGAAUAUCUGGUGGCCUUCCUGAUGACGGCUUCAAAGGAGAAAGUUCUUCGCCCUUUGAGAGUGGUGGCCAGCCUCAGGCACAAGUACAAGAUGAUGUCAUUACAGAAGAAGAUCUUAUGCUUAUUAAAGAAAGAGAAACAUCCAUCAGGCAAUUAGAGUCAGAUAUUAUGGACAUAAAUGAAAUCUUCAAAGAUCUGGGAAUAAUGAUACACGAACAGGGAGAAACUAUUGACAGCAUAGAGGCCAAUGUAGAGAAUGCUGAUGUACAUGUACAGACUGCUACCCAACAAUUAGCAAGAGCUGCAGAAUAUCAGCGCAAGUCACGGAAGAAGAUAUGUGUCAUUAUUGUGGUUCUCACAAUAGUUGCGGUGAUAAUUGGAGUAAUCAUCUGGGUCUCGGUGAAAAAAUAAACAUGGUCUGUUUCACAUCCACUCUACUGAACGCCACGAACAAGUUUUUAUUGUGUUGUCUAAUUUCACCCUUAAAGAUGUUAUACUUGAUGACCAAACCUGAGAGCCAAAGCUUUCCAAAAUCGUCUCAUCUGUCUUAUCUGAUCAUUGCUGAUACUGUAUACUGUACAAACAGACAUCUCGUUACAUAGUAUUGUCUUCAUUGUAUCGUAAAUAAUUUAGCCUUUUUAUUAAAACAACACAAAAUGUAAAUUGAUAAUGAAAUAUUUUUCCUGCUCAUUGUUGCUGCAUGUGCCAUGAGAUGAAUGAACCCUGUGAACAUGGAACAAUUCUGAAUGUGCCAAUCUAUCAGCUUAAGCGUCUCAAGAAUCUCCGGUGGUUUAGAUUACUCUAGAUUGUUUAUUUUAUGGUCAAAAUGCGACCUGUUUUUCCCAGGUUUCAUUUUUGUUAUGUUAAUUUUGUGAAAAUUAACAAUUUUUCCACAAUUUGCCUAUUUCUUAUCCUAAUCCCAAAACUCUAAGGAUCUCAGCAGUCCUUUGUGCUAAGCAUGUCUUUACUCCCCAACAACAUCGUGCAUAACCAUGCAAAUUGGUGCUUGUUGUCAUGUGUACCCAGCUUUCAAGCAUGUUAUAAAUUUUACACAGUGUGCUCACACACAGACCUGGAAAGAGGAACUAAAUGAAAAAAUAUAUGAUGAUUAGUUUUUGCACCUGGGCAUCGGUUCAUGAGCUGGUUUUUGUAACAUAUUCAUAAAUGCUGCAGGCUGAAUACAAAUUUUCCUGUGUAAACGUAACACUAGUCUAGUUAUCAAAGGCACAAUUAAGAACUAUGCUUCCAACUGUUUGCUGUACUUUGCUCCGUCUAUGUAAGUAGGUACACAUUCCAUGUUUUGAAUGUCUCUAUUAAUUAAGAGCUAGUAAUAGUAAUUAUUAAACCAUGGGUGUGAUUAAAAUGUUACUAUUUUCAACUGUGAUUUAAAAUGCAAGCUGUUACAAUCAAAAUAAAAUACAUUCAAAUUGA